AUGGAGGCUUUGAUUGUGCCAAUUUUAAACUUUCUACUUCCUGAAAGAUGUGUUAAUACGUAUAUGAAAGAUCAUGACUUCCUUAAUGUUGAGUGCUUUAAAAUUCUCUUGAGCAAGUGCUUGGGCUAUGGUAUUGUUAUCGGGGCCUCACUAGUCAAAUUGCCUCAACUUGUCAAAAUUUGGAGAAGUGGCAGUGCUAAAGGUCUUAGCAUCAUUGCACAAAUCCUUGAGCUUGUUUGCUACACGUCAACAAGCGCCUAUUCGCUCUAUCUCAAAUUUCCAUUCAGUACUUUUGGGGAUUCAGUAUUUCUUUUAGUUCAAUCGGCUAUAAUUGCUUUUUUGACUAUCUCCUGGGAGUUGUCGUAUGUCCAUGGCUUGGUUUUCCUCUCCGGUUACGUUGCUUUUCUUUCAUACACUCUUUCGUCAGCCAUCCCACUCUCUGUUCUUGCUUGGUUACAGUUUGCAAAUACUCCAAUAACUGCUAUUUCUCGAGGUUUGCAAAUUUUUGAAAACUAUCGAAACAGAAGUACUGGUCAGCUUUCAGCUCUCUCUAUUUGGUUGAUGACAGCCGGGUCCUUGGCUCGUAUCUUUACUUCCGUUCAAGAAACUGGCGACAGCUUGGUUAUUCUCAAUUUUGUUGUCAGUUCUUUUGUCAAUAUCAUCCUCUCAGCUCAGUUAAUCUACUAUUGGAACUCUAAACCUAUUGAUCAGAAGAAGAGAGUGGCAAAGAAAAUUCAGUGA